AUGGGCAGCACAGGUGACCAUUACAAUAGAGAGAUUUUCGAAGUUCAUAUAUUUUUUCAAAAACUGUUUGAAUAUAUCACUAUUCCUGGAUUCUUACAAAAUACUUUUCUAGUAGGAGCGAUAGCUCACGAACUGAUUAUAGGAAUUAAACUUCGGAGCUUUUGGUACUCAAUAGCUAUUGGAAACCAUGUCUUAGAACUGUUUUUGCUAACUCAUUCUGUGGAUAUAGCUCGUGCUCAGUUUUCAAUGAUUCGUUGGAUUUAUUCCGAUAUAUACACCAUAGGCCAUUUUGAAGAGCUCCACAUUCAGCUGGAUAUGUUCUACACUCAUCUGAAUCUGUACGAGUUUAGGAUCCGUCCUUGGGGCCUGUUUGAUGUAUCCAACAAAAAGUUUCUCCUAUUCAUGUCAGCUUUAAUCAGUUGGCUAGUUUAUCUGGCUCAAUAUAGCCUUCUAACAAAUAGUUAUUGA